CGAGAUGGAUACGAUCCGCAUACCGUCACCCCUUCCCGAUGAUGUCUGGCGGCACAUUCCCACUGAUGGCCCCAUGGCUCUGCAGAAGUGGCUAGUCAAGGUUCAUUUCUUCGUCAAUCUGGCUGUACCAAUCAACAGAUUGCCUGAUGAAUUGCUCGCGGAGAUCCUGCAAAUCGUGCGAUUUGACCGUCCUUCCGACUGGUCUUUCAGCACCGUGCUGCUGAUCUGCCGCCAUUGGUACUACAUCGCGGUACCCUCUGCAUGCCUAUGGUCCGACAUCACGAUUGGCAUGUCGCUUCCUCUCCUGCACACAUACUUGCGCCGAUCACGCGGGCGGGCCUUUCGCUUUCUACGCGAGCUACGCACACGCGUACUCUCUCCGCAUUUCGAUCGAGUCACGGAGUUGCACACAUUCAGCUCUCAGCCAUACAUCGAGCAUCGCAUGGAACAGCUGUCUUCUCUCACCAUUGAUGACGCGCUGCCACCGCACUUCACCCCUGGGCCUGAGGAGGAGGGGGCUACCGUGAUCGCUAUACGUGGCGAUCGUUUCCCAAAACUGGAAUCCCUGACACUACGCGAGAUCGAACCCGUAGCGAACAUCGUCGACGCACACUGUUUGACGUCGCUGACCUUAGACAGUCUGUGGCACGAGACGUGGAGCGAAGUUCUCAAUCUACUCAAGGGCUGUCCGGUUCUGGAGUACCUGACUAUGGUCUCCCUCGAAGCCGGAUCAACGGCUGUCGCUGUAACGGAUGACGUCCGUCGCAACCGUAUCAUCGAGAUGCGGCGUCUUCGAGCACUCAGCUUCAGGGACUGCAUCGAACGUGCGGGCAUAGCAUAUCUGCUUGCACAUCUCGCCCUGCCGUUCACGGCUGAGAUUGCUAUCGUCGUUAACUUGGAUGAAGCAGACCGCGAGGAAUUGAUGGAAGACGUCGAUUUAUGGGACACAUCAUUCGCGGAUGCCAUUCCCGAAGACAAGACGUUCUUACCCGUGUUCUCUGCGAUACAAACAGUCAAGACUACGAUCAAUGACGAUCGCCUGACAGUACUGGCAUUUACGCAGAAAGAGCGUGGGUCUGGCACGCCGUCGGUCACCUAUUCCUGUGCCUUGGGAAACAUGAUAAACACAAAGCACAUUCACAAAGAGAUCAUGCGCGACAUGAGCAUGGUGUUUUCUCCAUCGCUGUCAAUGACGGGGUUGCACAUCCAGGUGAAGGGUCAUGAAAAUUAUGAUUGUUUCGUGACCACGGAGAAUUGGAAAAGCCUCUAUACCAAGUUCCCGCACAUCGUAGAUUUCUACGCGGGGGGGCCAUCCUCCAGCUUCUUCGACGAUUUCCUUCCCGACCUUGGCCCAAAUCCGAACACGCCGCUGCCGUGGCCAAAACUGCAGCGGAUUACAUUCGAGAACACUGCAACGGAGGCGGAACCAGACGAGUCGAACAAUAUCAUUGACUCCAUUAUCAUCUCGAUGCACAAUCGUCGGGAUGCUGCAGCUGCUGGCUCGGUGGAACGCUUGCAACAUCUCCACCUAGAAUUCCCGAGGAUGCAGGAUCGGAACCUGUACAAACGUACGAGAACAUUGCAGAGGGUAACAGAUCUGCUCACACGCAGUCCGGACUGGUAAAUUGUAGUGUUGGGACAGCGAUGAGACGAAGGUACGGCAGCGUUUAUGUCACAUGUAGCACUAAGCACUUACGCCGGUACCGUUAUUAAGGUACUCUGCGGGCAACUACC